GGGAGAGUACAUAGGUCACAUUUUAUCGGCAAACUAAUCACUUGAAACAAAUGACAUUUUACCUUCAUAGUGAAUAGUUUCCCGCACCACGGACAAAAAUAUUUUGCAUCGUGAUCUGGGUGCACCUUGUGCUUGUCAUACACAAAAAGACGUACAAAAAUAUUCAUUCUUCAUAUUUUGAGCCAUGGCUAAGUUAUUUAAUCCAUAUCUUAUGGGAAAACGCUUAUAUUCUGGAACAAGCGGGAAAUUAUUGGGUCGAAAAUAUGUUUUAACUAAAUAUUUUAGAGGUGAACCAAAGGCAAGUGACUUUAAAAUUGUCGAAGAACAAAUUCCAGAAUUAAAAGAAGGCGAAAUAUUAACAGAAGCAGAAUAUCUUAGUGUUGAUCCUUACAUGCGCGCCUAUAUGAUUGGUUAUAAAUUGCCUACCGACAUGAUUGGAGGACAAGUUGCAAAAAUUAUAGCAAGUCGCAAUAAAGAUUUUCCUGUAGGUAAAUAUGUAGUGGGAGCUUUUGGAUGGCGUACGCAUACUGUGUGUAGUCCUAAAGUACCGCCUUCACUUGGAUUUCUACCGACAAUUUUGUUACCUAAUAUUGAACCACAUCCUCUUUCUUUGGGCUUGGGCAUAUUGGGAAUGCCUGGGAAUACUGCGUAUUUUGGUCUCAAAGAGAUAUGUAAGCCAGAACCUGGGGAAACAAUUGCAAUUACAGGAGCAGCUGGUGCUGUUGGUUCUCAUGUUGGACAAAUUGGUAAAAUACUCGGUUGCAAAGUCAUUGGCUUCGCAGGUAGCGACGAUAAAUGUGAAUAUUUAAAAAAAGAAUUGGGUUUCGAUCAUGCAUUUAAUUACAAGACUGCUAAUAUUAGACAAGCUUUAAAAGAAGGCGCACCACAACGUAUAGAUUGCUAUUUCGAUAAUGUGGGUGGCGAAAUUAGUUCCACGAUAAUGAAUCAUAUGAAUAAAAACGGUCGUGUUGCAGUCUGUGGCUCUAUAUCAUCUUAUAAUGAUGAAAAAUUACCAAAAGUUUCAAUAUUACAACCAGCAAUUGUUUUUAAAGAGCUUAAGGUAGAAGGAUUUUUAGUUAAUCGAUGGUUCAACCGUUGGCACGAAGGAAUUAAUUUCAAUCUGAAAUUGUUGAAUGAAGGCAAACUAAAAUAUCAAGAAAAAGUAUACCACGGAUUUGAUAACAUGGUUGAUGCAUUAGUAGGCAUGUUAAGAGGUGAAAAUACUGGAAAAGCUGUCGUCAAAGUAAAAUAAUUAAUAUUUUUCUUUU